GUGGAGGAGCUGGGAAGGCCUAAGGAAAUGAGACAGCUUUUUCCUCCCACUCAUUCGAACUCCACUAACGUUUCGAGGAUUCGGCGCGAUCGCCCUUGAACGCCAAAGCCGAGACCCGAGGCCCCCAGUUCAGUCCUGACCCCAGAAAGGCCGCCGGGUUUUCUCUCCGAGGCGUCGGUGCCAACUCAAACUCGCGAUCAGCACUUGGUCACGUCGUCCUGUGGGUGAUCGGCGCGGGGUUCCCCAACUCGGCCCCACGUACCCCCGGAAGUGCGCGCUCGGAGGUCCCGGUGAAGAGUCCUUUAAUAUUUUUUCCCAUGUUCUGGAUGCUGCCAUGUGUAGAGCUGCACAUCACUGAAGAGGUGCUAGGUCAGUGCUUCAAAUCUCUAGCCACUAAUAGGUGGAACAGAGAAACUUUCAUACAGUGCCCAGUGAUGCAUCAUCAUUUGUUGAAGGCCUGAGAAACCAACUGGCUCCAACCAAGUUCAGAAUUUUCACUGGCUGAAACGAGUAUCAGCAAAGAUGACCUUUCUUUACCAGGCACUGCUCUGUUCCUGACAGCACAACUCUUCCCAGAAGAGAAGAGAGGGAGAGAGAGAGUGGCCAGGCAGCCUUGGCUGAAACAUCUUCAAGAGCUCUCUUCUGGAUGCCACAUGAGGCUGACCAUCAGGCUCCACACGGACUCAGGGAUCACACAGCCCGAAGACAUGAGUUUACUCAGCAAUAUCCUAGCUGCCUAUUCCUUUGUCUUGGAAAACCCUGAGAGGACAGCCCUGUACUUUGUCUCUGGCGUGUGCAUCGGCCUGCUCCUCACUUUGGCUGCCUUGGUGGUGAGAAUCUCUUGCCACACAGACUGCCAGCGGCAUCCUCGGAGGUCCAAGUUUCUGCAGGACCGCGAGAGCAGCGAGAGCAGCGACAGUGAGGAUGGCAGCGAGGACACCGCAUCUGACCUCUCCCUUCGGAGACACAGGCGCUUUGAGAGGACUUUGAACAAGAAUGUGUUCACCUCCGCAGAGGAGCUGGAGCGCGCCCAGCGCCUGGAAGAGCGGGAGCGCAUCAUCAGGGAGAUCUGGAUGAACGGCCAGCCCGAGGUACCUGGCACCAGGAGCCUGAACCGCUACUACUAGGAGAGCAGCAGCAACCCCUGAAAUCCCUGGAAGCUUCAUGGACAGGGAAAAGUCCUGCAAGGAUGGUGGGCACAAGGAGCCCAGCUCUACUCAUAUGGUGGUGGCAGAGGAUAGCAGGGCAUUCUAGCCAGGACUGUGAUCUCCUUCUUAACUUGUUUUCUAUGGAGAAGUAAAACAAACAGACAAAAAACUCAAAUCAGCUCAUCAACCUUUUCAGGACUUGGUAUGAUGUUCUGCUUCCAUUGCCAAUCAUGGGGAUGGAGAUUGGAGAACCGGGAGGAUGGUUUCUCUUAAUUUCUGAGGAUCUCAGAAGUUUGUGCAGACUUCAUUGCUGUGGUAUUCCUUUACAAAAGGAACAAUUCUCAGCAUGAAAGCUGGGGUGAUGGGGUGACCUUAACCCAGGAAAUGCAAUUUUCUAAAUGACUCUGUGCUAUGGAGGUGAUUGUGAUUCAGAUAGCAUGACCUGUGCUUAUUAUUUAAAACUAAUUUUUUAAAGAUCUCAUGUUGCAAUGGCAACCUCUCCAUUUUAACUGGUACCUCAGGGAUUAAAAUGCUAUUUUUUAAUAUAGUCCCCUCCACAUUCAUGAAAAUGAAUAGAAUUACUGUAUUUAGGGCAGUAUAUUAGUGGAUCAGACAAUGUUAGUAACCUCUAAGGAUGAAGGGCUUUUAUUUUAUAUAGUAUAUAUAUAUGUAUAUAUGUAUGUAUAUAUGUAUAUAUACAUACACACACAGAGACAUGCAUAUUUGAAAAUGCUGCAUAAAAAUAAAAAAUGUGUGCCCUCCCUCUUUGGAGAGAAGAAAUGUUUAUUAUGAUUCCAGACAAUCAUGAGUUUUAACCAAUUUUGUUUUUUUCAAAAAAGUCUUGAUUUGCAAAAGAAGUAUGGAGAUGGGAGGUAAAGAUUAAAGCCAAAAUUAGGAUGAAUAAAAAAUAAAUGUUUCAUGAAAUCUU